AUGUCGCAAUAUAAAAAUUCAGAUGGAGAGAUAAUUGAUACUUUAAAAUUAUUCGUGAAAAUAUAUUGUGGAUUAAGGAAAAAAUCUGACCAGCAAAGCAGAUUUCGGAAUCCAAGAUAUCGGGAAAAUGUUUCAAUGAUUACCCUAGGCACUUUUGCAACUGAAGCAGAUUUAACUCAUAAUUUGAGCAUGAAUUAUUCAGUUCCUUGCUUAUUGGGCCCAAAUAAAGCUCAAGAAGCUGAUAGCUACUCAUCAAAGAAAUUUUUGGGGAAAAAAUUCAAUUAUAAAGAAUAUACUAAGGAUGAGUUUUCUAUCAUCCAUUCAGUGUACAUCAAUAUUGUGAAAGACUACUUAGGAACCAGUUGAAUUCAGCAAAUAAAAAAUCAUUAUGAAGUCCACAGAAUUGCAAUUGCACAGUUUUUUCUAAAUUGCUACGUUUACGAUCAAAGUUUUCUCAAUAUUCUGCUUCUUGGUAUAGGAAAAAAAGACUGAGUUGAUCUGACCACCUUUGUAAACUGUAUUGAAGGAAUCCAUCAAAAGCCAAUCGCUCAGUUUUUCCUACAAAGUUCCCGUGACCCCAAGCUAGAAUGCUGUUUUACCAAGCAAAAAUUAGUAUUUUUCUUUAAUUUGGUAUACAAUGAAAAAAAGGACGAUCUAAAUUUCGAAGAUCUAAAAACUGUCGUGAACAUGGCCCAUAAGAAAUCUAAAGGUGAAAACCGUGCAAUCGAGAAAAUGGCAUUUUUCUUUUUGAAAAAAGCUAAUAAACGAAGAGGAACCCCAAAAAACAGAAUUAAAUUAGAGGAAUUUUUGUCAAUGAUGCUUGCAAUUCCUAUGGAAUAA